AWUAGACACUUUAAAAGAUCUCCUUAGCAGAAAUUUUACCAAGAAUUAUCAAUAGAAAUGUUGCGUCAAAAAUUUCUUGAUGUUGAAAUUUGUGUUCUUCCAAAGCCUGGCUACAAAGCUUUCUUAAGUCAGCGGUAAUGACAGUGGGCGCCCACACAGUCGAGCCACAGAGUUUCAGCAUAACGCUAGGCCAAGAAAUGCCGGAAUCUUUCCUUAAAAAAACUUUGCAGAUAGCAGCYGUUGUUGCAGGAUACUGGUUYAUCUCAAUCUCUUUGGUGUUUUUAAACAAGUACCUCCUCAGCAGUCCAGAUUUGAAGCUUGAUGCACCUUUGUUUGUGACAUGGUUCCAAUGUGUUGUGACAGUWAUUUGUUURUUUUUCUUGAGUCUCCUUGGUGACAAGUACCCAUGGCUUGAUAAGUUUCCUGAAUUUGUCAUUGAUCUCUCAGUUGCAGUGCAGGUUCUUCCUUUAUCAAUAGUUUUUGUUGGAAUGAUCACAUUUAAUAACCUUUGUCUGAAGAACCUUGGUGUAUCAUUCUACAAUGUUGGACGUUCAUUAACUACAGUAUUUAAUGUGAUCUGUUCAUAUAUAAUUCUUGGUCAAAAGACAUCAAUCAAGGCUAUUAUCUGUUGUAUGGUCAUCAUUGGUGGCUUCCUUAUGGGAGUAGAGCAAGAAGGCACCACAACAAAGAUAUCUUACUCUGGAAUCGUAUUUGGAAUCCUAGCAAGUCUCUGUGUAUCUCUAAAUGCCAUUUACACAAAGAAAAUCAUCCCUAUUGUGGACAACAACAUCUGGCGUCUACAACUUUACAAUAACUUUAAUGCAUGUCUGCUAUUCUUGCCUUUGAUGCUUGUUUUAGGUGAAUUCAAAGAGAUUACAACUUUCCCUAAACUWCAUUCACCAUAUUUCUGGACAAUGAUGACAAUGGGUGGCYUAUUUGGCAUUGCUAUCGGGUAUAUGACAGGACUCCAGAUUAAAGUCACAAGUCCUUUAACACACAACAUUAGCGGUACAGCYAAGGCAUGUGUACAGACUAUUAUCUCUGUGUCUUACUUUAAUGAAGUUAAGACAGCUCUCUGGUGGUUGAGUAAUGUGACGGUGCUUGGCGGGUCGUUUGCUUAUACCUAUGUGAAACAUUCAGAGAUGAAAAGUGGAUUUGAAAAGGAGAAGGCAWUGACUAAAGGUAAAUCAACCGUACGCAAUCCAUAACGUGAGCUUAACCAAUCAUUUAACAGCCAAUUUGUUUGACCACUGACAUCAUCAAGUAGCGUCAAGGAAUUAGGUACUUGAUAUAUAGUUAUUUACUAUUAAACAUAAAUGAUAGGCAAUUUGUAUUAUGAUGCCAUUAACUACAACUACCAGAAUGCUUCGCCCACUUUCUUUUGUAAUGCAAUUAGUGGCAAUAUUGUUUUACUAAUCUCCAUAGGGAUAAUAAUCUGAAUAGCAAUGAAAAUGCAUAAGGAUUUCUGGUAGUUGUAGUAAAGUUAAUUACACCAUCAUGUAAUUGGCCUAUUUCAAACAAACGUUUCUUUUUAAAAGGAAUUUUUAGGUUUUUGCUAUAAAAAUAGUUAUUUAUCAUCUAGCAUACUAAUUCAAUUGUUUGAAAAAAUAUGAAAGUCCAAUAAUUAUGACAUAAUAUUAUUUAAAAAACGAGAACACUUGUCAGAAUAGCAAAAUGCAGUUUUACUCACUACAUUGUUUCUAAUAAAGCUUGCUUUUCUGGUGCUCUCUGCUGCUAAAUGGUCUCGGCCACAGUUCCCUGUGCCAUCUUGAAAUGUACAUGUAAGCAUGUUUUUGCACCUACACAAGUUUCAAUAAGUUUGCAAUGAUCGAUACCUCUGAGUAGUCAAAAUGGUGGAAACUAGCGUUAAACUAGUUUGAGCUGCGUCUGUGUUUCUAAAAAAACAGUUGUGUAAAAAGAUAAAUUUAACUCCAUAAAAAGUCAAAGUUGCUGCACCUAUUUUUUUACAGUGUUAAAUAUCUUUUUACACAACUACCUAUGAAUAGUAUUAUAGUAUUAUUUUCUACAUAUGGGUAUGAAUAAUAGUUUCUAUUGCAUGAUCAAACGUAAGUCUUCAAGGCAUGAGGUUACCUUUCAAGRUGGCCGCAGGAACUGUGAAGAGGCUAUGAUCAUGUUGGUAUAUAAUCAUGUUCUUAUGCAGUGAUACUUAUUUAUCCAUUGAAAGAAAAAUUGUCUAGUGUCAAACAAGUGCAAGUUAAAUCAUUUCUAAGAAAACAGUUGCAAUAGAAUCAUAUUAUGUUAAUAAUGAUUUAUUAAUAUAAUUAUACUUGGUCAAAGAUAGUAGGAGAGUUCAAAGAGCACUACMAAGAAAAAGACACUGUAUAUGAAAGUUUCAUUUUCUUUUAUCAAGCUAUUGCAAACUAUAGAGAAAACAAAAAAUCUAUUAUAUUUCAUAGGUAAUAGAGAUUCUUGUGGGAGUUUGGUUAUUUAUAUAAGUUUGAUAAAAAGGAAGAAAGCAUUUACAGGUAGAAGUAGUGAAUUCAGUUCUUUCAACUUAUGAAAUAUUAUUUAUUUACAUGGAAAAUGUAAAUUUGUGUGAAAUAUUUUAAACCAUUGUUUGUAAUUAUAUAUCAUUUGUAAAUGCAGGAUAAAAUAAAACAAUUUCAAAAUUCA